GACUGUCGCAUACGCAAAUUGAAUUCCUUUAGUACCCAUUUACUAUAGGUGGGUAGCUAUUCAAAUUGAAUUUGAUACAUGCUGAACUUAAAUUGAAUUCCUUUAGAACCUUUGGAACCACUCAUAAGUCAUACGCAAAGCUCGAAUUGCAGAAGCUCGAAUUCCAGGUAGAUGAACUUUAGAAGCGUCAUUAUCACUAGGCCGUUAAUCAACCUCUUCAGGCGCACUCACACACUACAACGUGUUACCACCCCUCCAACUAAUACCUUUCUUCAUCAGUCUCUUGCUCCUUUGCAUAAUAACACAUUGAUCCCAGUCAACUCAGACCAUCUUCUCAGGGUUUGCACAAUUCUGUACCAGCAACAAGAUGCGUUAGAUUCCAAGCUCCAAACACACCUUCAAAACUCUCAAUUCAGCCUUAACCAUGAAUUUUUCCUCCAAGUAUGCAACAAAUUCCCCCUUUCAUGGCGACCAGUUUACCGCUUCUAUCAAUUCACCUUGAUGCCCGGGUUUACCCACACCCCUGUCACCUUCAAUAAGAUGCUUGAUGUGAUUGGUAAGUCUAGAAAUAUUGAUCUGUUUUGGGAAUUAUUACAUGAAGUGACAGAGCAGAAAAUUGCUAAUGAUAAGACAUUUAGGGUUGCUUUGAAAACAUUGGCUGCUGCUAGGGAAUUGAAGAAAUGUGUGGAAUAUUUUCACUUGAUGAAUUCUCAUGAGUAUGGCUAUAGCUUGGAUACUUUAAAUAAAGUUGUUGAAACCCUUUGCAAGGAAAAGCUGGUUGACGAGGCUAAGUAUGUUGUGGUAAAGUUAAAGGAUUGGAUUAGCCCAAAUCACGUAACUUAUAAGCACUUAAUCUGUGUUUGUGAUGUUGGCGAUGUGAUUGAGGCUUCAAAAUUGUGGAAUCUAAUGAUGGAUGAAGGAAUUGAAGCUGACAUAGAUGCUGUAAAUACAAUGAUAGAGAGGUUCUUCAAGAAUAAUCAGUUUGAUCAAGGACUAAAGCUUUUUCAAACUAUGAGAGUAAAAAGGAUGGAGGAAGUUGGACUUUCUACUUACAGUAUCGUCAUCAAAUGGAUGUGUAAAAGGGGCAAGCUUCCUCAGGCUCAUUUAGUGUUUGAAGAAAUGCAAAAGAGAGGAAUCAAAGCAGAUAAUGCAACACUAGCGUCAUUAAUGUAUGGGCUCGUGUCAAAGAAUAGAGUUGUAGAGGCGUAUUUAAUCAUGGAAAAUACGGAAACACCAGAUAUAAGCAUGUACCAUGCCUUGAUCAAGGGAUUUCUAAAAAGACGGAAGGCAGGUGAGGCAACGGAAGUUUUUAGAUUGAUGAUAAGAAAAGGAUGCGAACCUACUAUGCAUACCUAUAUCAUGUUGUUGCAAGGGCACCUAGGGAAGAGAGGAAGGAAGGGGAAUGACCCCCUCGUAAAUUUUGAUUCCAUAUUUGUUGGGGGUUUGGUUAAAGCCGGGAAAGUUCUGGAAGCCACCAAGUAUACUGAACGAACCAUGAAAAGAGGACUUGAGGUGCCGAGGUUUGACUAUAACAAUUUCUUGCAUUACUACUCAAAUGAGGAAGGUGUAUUAAUGUUUGAGGAAGUUGCAAAGAAAUUGAGAGAGGUUGGACUAUUUGAUUUAGGAGACAUUUUUGUAAGAUUUGGGGAAAAAAUGGCUACUAGAGAUAGAAGAAGAACAAGAGAGUAGGAGAGAUAUUUGUAAGAUUUGAGGAUGAAAUGACUGCUAGAUAUAGAAGAAGAACAAGAGAUGCCUUCGAGAAAAUACCUCGGCAUUUAGUGCAUUAUGUAAUGUGUCGGGUGUAAUCCAGUUCUGCCAUGUCUAGGUAUGAAGCUUGGUUGUUGCUGUGGCAGUGGCUAGGAAUUUAAUUGAUACAUGCUCAAACAGAGAUGUAAUAUGGUGGAAUUAUUUGAUUGCUAGUUAUGUGAGAAAUAACCAAGCUCAUGCAAGUGGAUGAUCUUGAAAGAGGAACCCAAUCCUGUAAAAAAUAUAAAUAUUCUCUCAUCAUGCACUGAUGUAGCUAGUCUUCCUCUAGGCCAAUGCCUACAUGCUUACACUGUACGUAAACGAGGCUUGAAUUUGUCGGUUGGGAUCGCUUUGUAUUGAUGUAUGCAAGGUGUGGCAGUAUGCAGAACACUCAGGAGAUUUUCAAAAGCAUGUGCAAAGAAGCAAUAUUGGCUCUUGGAAUGCCUUGGAAGCCGAAUAUGGUUUGAAUGGUCAAGUAAAUGAUGCUCUACAUGUCUACUCACAGAUGUUAGGCUAUGAAUUCCGACCAAAUGGGAGGACCUUAUUAUCCUUCUUGUCUGCUUGUAGUCGUUCAGGUAAGUGGAAUGGUGGCCCGAGAAGGGCUUGGAGCGAGCUUUCAGCUCUAUGGUUUUGAUGUAACCCCAAGGCUUGUUCACUACGAGUUGCAUGGUAGAUAUAAGUGGGCUUGCUGGAUGCAAACAACAUUAUCACUUUUAUGCCAUUUGAACCAGAUGCCUCUUGGUUCUUGUUCAGUUGCAGAGAUCACUCUAAACUGAUUGCUUGGCUAAAAUUAUUAUCCUUUUGUUCUGAGACCUGAUUGCUUGGCGGCAGCCAGCUCUUUGUCGAUUAUUAACUUCUGUCGCGAGUUCACGACAUGAUUCUGUUGUGGAGAACUUUGCCAGAAGCCAAAGGUUGCUGAUUAAUCUUUAGAUUUUGUACAAGAACUAACAGCACAUAUGAGUAAGUAUAUAGUCAUCUCACUGUUUUUUUCGACAAAUUCGUGCCUUUCUUUUUUCUCUUGUAUUGAUAAACACCUUAUCUCCUUGUCAAUAACAAAAAAGAUUAACAAUCA